AUGGAGCACGAUAUGGAUGACGCGCAACCCGCGCCGCCUUCCACGGCGGUGUGCACGCAUCGUCUGGUCGUGAGCAGCCCCAGCAAGGACGGCCACGCCAGCCCCGGGUCGCCCGAGGUGAUGUCGGUGCUGGGCGGCAAGGCGUCUUGCCGGCGGAAGUUCGUCCUGCACGUGCAGCUCACGGACGACCAGGGUAACCCAGUGAGCAAGGACCUGGCUGUCACGGCCUCGCUCACCUACUCGCACGACUGCAGUGCGGUGAAGCUGGAGGAGGGGCAGGCGAUGGUGGAGCCACCGCUCUUCACCACUUUCAACGGCGUUGAGUUCCCCGCACACCUCCGCCCCUCGCAGAUGCUCGCAGGGCGAGCGACGUUCAAGCUGGCGCUGUCGGUGCUGUCGUCCAAAUGUGACAACCGCCUCUUCGCCGUGUGCUUCACCGCCGCCACGCCCCUCAACGCGCCCACCCCCCUCAACCCCGAUGGCUCUCCCCUGCUCGUCGCCCCCGGCUACUCCCGCGCCAUUCGCAGCAUCUCCCGCAAGAGGUCGCGAAACGCUGGCCCCGGCGCCGCUACUGCCGGCAGAGGCGGGGGCAACGGCAAUGCGAGCAGCAGCAGUGCGAGCCACGGCAGUGCAGGGCAGGGCGGGCAGGGCGGGCAGGGUAACCACGGCGGCCACGGGCUGCAUCUGGCGUCCAACGGACUGCAGCUGCCCUCCAAGCUCGCCUUCCUCGCCCCCGUGCACGUGCCCGCCGGGCCGCUGCUCUUCCCGCCGGCCUCCGCCCUCUCGCCUGCACCGCGCCGCUGGAGGGGCAAGGCCAGCCACGAGUUCAUCACAUCGCCGCCCGCUGACGUGGCACACGACCUGCCCUCGUGGCGCAUGUGCCCCUCUCCCUCCGCGCCCCUGCUCUGCCCCUCCCCCUCCUCCCUCCUCCCCUCUCCCCAAGGCCCCCACAAGCCCCGCUCGCUCCCCCCCACGCCCUCUCUCCCAAUCCCUUCCCCCACGGGGGGAGUGGCGCACUCCCCCUCCCCCCGGGCGGCAGCAGCAGCAGCAGCUAUGCCCUGCACCGGCCCCUGCUCCAUCGCCCUCCCUGGACUCGUCCAUGGCAGGCAGCAGUGGCUGCCACGUCAGCAGCGAGCAGAUGAUGACUACAGCCAGAGCUACAGCGCCUGCUACAGCCGCCCUCCGGCUGACGCCUAUGCAGCCCCAAGCGUGCCGGCGCCUGGAUGUGGGGUGGGUGGGAGAGGGGAGGAGGCGGCAGCAACAUACGGGGAAGCGAGCGCAAUGAUACCCACCAGCCAGUUCACCGGCCAAUGUACAGACCAAUUGGCGCUGCUGUAUCACCACGUGCCCUUGCAGCAGAUCCCAGAGCAAGCCGCCGAGUUCCUCGUCCAAUCAGAGCAGUGCACGUGGCAGCAGCCGCUGCAGCACUCUGUGAAGAUGGAGACGGAUGGGGGGGAGGAGGGAAUGCAAGAGGGGCAGAACCAUGGGCAUGGGCAUGAGCAUGAGGGGCAUGGCUAUGGGUGUGCCUCUUUUCCACUCCCCCACCACGCCUUCUUCCUCUCUCUCUCUCCAAUACUACCAUCCCUCCAGCUUUCCUCUCUUCUACACCAACUCGGCCUGCCAGCCAUGCCGCUGCUGGACCCCUUCAAGCUCUUCGCCCCCGCUGCCGCCGCCACCAUCACCCCCGCCGCCGUCACCCUCGCCGCUGCUGCCGCCGCCGCUGCCGCCGCCGCUACUGCUGCCGCUGCUGCCGUCGCAGGCGCAGGGGUCGGGGGGUCAGGGCCACUGGGUGCAUCCGCAGGUGGGUUUGCAGCAGAAGAAAUGUGUGUGGCGGCUCCUCUCUCCUUCCCCCUGCCCCCGCCCUUCCCCCUCCCUCCGCCCUUCCCCCCUCCGCCUGCCCUGCCCUCUGCGGCAUCCUUUGCUCUGCCUGACUCCCCCGGUACCCAGGCCGCCCUGGAGCAGUGCGCCUGCUCUCCCCUGCUGGGAGGCGCGGGGGUUGGGGCACAGGGGGGCGGAGGAGGGGGGGAAGGGGAGGGAGGUGGAGAGGAGGAGGGGUGGACAGAAGGUGCAAGGGAGGAGGACACUGGGGAGAAGAUCAGCGGCAGUGGGGCGAUGGGAGAAGGAGCGAAGGCGAGCAACACGCAUGGUGCUACUGGCACAACACCUUUCAUCGACUCGUCGCCGGAUAAGACCUUCCCUGCGUACGCCUCACCUCCAGAUAAAGCAUCCCCCUACUCCCUGCCCCCGCAUGCCUCCUCCUUCCUCCCCGCCCAGGACUCCCCCUGCCAGGCCUCUAACUCCUCCACCCCCUCUGGAGCCCAUGCCCGCCAUGAGGGCAGGGCGGAGAGGGCGGAGAGGGGCGAGGGCAGGGGGAGGCGGGCGCUGUUCUCGGGGGGACAGAGGCAGCCGUCCCGGCUGGGGGAGAGGGGCAGGCGCAGCUCAGAGCGGGGCGAGGGCAGCAAGGGGACGAGUGAGAGCGAGAGUGGGGAGGAAAAGGGAGCAGGUGCAGCAGCAGCAGGGCCAGGGGGGGCAUCGGCACACGGAGGUCUCAGCAGCAGCGCGCUGACAGCCUCCCACAGCAUGUCCCCUGGCGGAGGCAGCAGGGCGCGGGGCAUGUGUGUGGGUGUGAAAGGGCGAGCAUCACACCUCAAGGGGCUCACCAUUAAAGCACCCCCCCGCCCCUCCCUGCGCGCCAACCAGUCGCUCUCCGCCUUCUCCCCCUACCGCUCCCCCCGCUCCUGCACCAUCUCCCCCUCCUCGCGCGGCCCCAACCUCUCCCCCCUGCCGCGCACCGCCUCCCCCCGCACCAUGUCCCCCCGCCUGCUCUCCCCUGGAAUGCUCUCCCCCCUCGGCCGCGUCCUCGCUCACUUCGGCAGCCCCCGGGGGGCCAUGGGGGCCGCCUUGUGGGGGGAGGGCGCAGGGGCAGGGGGGAGGGCGGGGGGAAAGGAGGGCAUGGGGAUGGACGUGAAGGGGGAGUGGGGCAAGGAGAGCAGCAGUCUGUGA